AUGUCCAACGCGGCCAUGUGCGAGCUGGACCGCUACGUGCGCGGGCGCGCGGACGACGACUGGAGCGAGGCGGUCGUCGCGCGCCUGCAGCUCGGCAAGGCGGAGUGUAACGCUGUACAGGACUUGCUAAGCAGACAGCUGGCGAGCCUCCUGGAGUUCUCCACGAGCGACGCGGACACGGCGCGACCGGUCGCGCGACUGGUCGUGCGACAAUCGCCCGCCGAUCGCAAGCGACUGCUCGACACGCUGCUGGCGGACGCGGAGAGUGCAGAGGAGUUCGAUAGCACGUUCGGCGUGUCGAGCGCGUUCUGCGUCGAGGUGUGGAAGCUGUGUGAGGCGCUGUGGGGCGACGAUUUACUUAAUGACGGCAUACCGGGAACGGAUGAACAGUCCGUGGUGAGCCGGCACGCCAACCUGCUCGCUUGGCUGAAGGACGCGGUCGCCAAAAGCACGGACAGAGAAUUGGCGGCCAGCAAUGCCGUGCCGGAUGACGAUGACAAAGACGGGCACAGCGAGAAAGUGUGGACGCUUUUCGUCGGCGGGCGGAUACUGGAGGCGUGCAAGCUUUGCAAGGAGCACGGCGACCUCAACAUGGCCGCCCUCAUCGCGCAGGCUUCCGGCGACCCGCUGUUCCGCUCGCUGGUGGCGCGGCAGUUGCGCGCGUGGCGCGAGUGCGGCGCCGAGGCGCUGGUGGGCGGCGCGCGCGCGGCGCUGCUGGCGCUGCUGGGCGCGCGCGCGCCGCGCGACCGCCUCGCCGCGCUCGACUGGCCGCGCGCGCUGCACGUGUGCGCCAGAUACCUCUGCCCGCAAAUCCCCACGCUGGAGCGUGUGGUGCGCAAGUACGAGAGCUUCUUCGGCGCGGACGGCGUCGACCUCGCGACCGUCGCCGGCGAGACGCUCGACAUGCGGCUGCCCGCGCCCGACUACUGCGACCGCUACUCGGUCUCCGUUGAUACGUGUACAGAAGAUCGGCGCCAAGUAGUAGUGGUGUUCGUGUGA